GUGACACGAGUCCAUUGCAUCCCCAGGGACUGGACACGGCAAGUCCCUGCAGAAGAAUUCUGGACGGAUGCGGGCACAGGAGGACAAGCGGCCAAAUUCUUUGUGUCUUCCUUCACGGAAUCGAAGCUUGGGGCCAUCUUCGAGGUGGCAGCAGGCUCUUCAGCACAUUCACAAACACCCGAGAUGCAUCAGUUCAAAGACUUCACGCACCAGUCUCCGACGGCCGAGACGGCAUUCCAAAGAGGACCCAGCCGAAUGGAGACUUGCGAUCGAUUUAGUGACCUGCGGGAGAAAAUUUUGCAAUCUUCGUGCCGCUUGGAUGGGAUUCUCUUGACAAAGCGCUUCUAUUCUUGUCUCGCACUGGCCGUGCCCACCAUGGAGAGACGAGUGGAUCCUGAAGAUGGUAGAGCACAAACACUCGACGAGAUGCUGCUCAAGUACAAAGGCACCUACAGCAAAGCUGAGAUUGAGGCUUAUUUUCGCUCUGAGUGCAAGCUGGCAAGCGAAGGCAAGCGGACCUCUGCGGUCGCAGCGGCCUUCGCGUCGAAAGACAGCUCGGAGAUCAAUGGCCUGGAGGAGUGGCUUCGUGAAGUCGGAUACGAGCACUCUUUUCAGAAGGUGGCCGACUGGUGUCACGACAAUGGGGCUGUGCUUUUGGAAGAGGUCCAGGAGAAUUGGGAGCAAGUCAUAAGCGACCUGGGAUUGGAACAAGGCUCUUGCGCUGGCGCUCACAAUGAACAGGCUUUCCAAGUGGCCGGGUUGUCGGCAUGGUUAGAAGAAAUUGAACUGGAGGAUUAUUUGGAAGAUGUCUUGGAAUGGUGUCAUCAGCAUGGAGUUCGCGAUCUGAAGGAGAUCCAGACGAGAUGGGAAGAGAUUCUACAAGAGUUAAAAUUCAAAACUGCCAAAGAGCAGUUGCCUGGAAAGCGUGUUUCAGUUCGUGUUCUGAAAGGCAAAUGGCAGGGAAGCUACAUGGCACAGGCUCCGGGGUUUGACAAUCACAGGUAUCCGGCAUCUGCAUACGUCUAG